AUGGACUUGCAACUGAAACAAUGGAGGAGUCAGCAGCAGAAUGAGUCAGAAGAACAAGUUUCUGCAACUAAGAUAUCGAAGUUUUUCUUUGAUCAGAUUCAAUCCCAAACUGCAACUUCUGCUGCUGCUCUUCCUCUCUUUGUCCCUGAACCCACCUCUUCUUCCUCAUUCUCAUGUUUCUCUCCUGACUCUUCCUCUUCCUCUUCCAGGUUCCUCAAGAUGGGAAACUUCUUCAGCUACGCACAGUGGCAAGAACUUGAGCUACAAGCACUGAUCUACAGAUACAUGUUGGCUGGUGCUUCAGUUCCUCAAGAGCUUCUCAUACCCAUCAAGAAAAGUCUCGUCCAUCAAUCCCCUUUGCACUUCCUUCACCAUCCUCUUCAACAUAACUUCCCUCAUCACCAACCCUCUUGGUAUUGGGGAAGAGGAGCAAUGGAUCCUGAGCCAGGGAGGUGCAAGAGAACAGACGGCAAGAAAUGGAGAUGCUCGAGGGAUGUUGUAGGCGGUCACAAGUAUUGCGACCGUCACAUCCACCGUGGCCGCAACCGUUCAAGAAAGCCUGUGGAAACCGCUACCACAACUGCCGCCACAACAGCUGCAUCUUCUUUUGUCUUAGGCGAGGAGCUUGGUGGUCACAGACAGAACAAUAAUCUCUUCUUCUCCUCAGGUUCUUCACAUUCGUCAUCUCAACAUCUCCACCUUAAUAGCCAUCAAAGUUGUUCUUCUGAGAUGAAACAAGAAGGCAACAACAACAAGAGGCCAUAUGAAGGCCAGAGUGGAUUCAGCAGCAAUGGAAGAUCAGACGAUGGUCACAUCCUGAGGCAUUUCUUUGACGAUUGGCCACGUUCAUCAGACUCUACCUCAAGUCCAAUGAGCUCAUCGACUUGUCAUCUUUCCAUCUCCAUGCCUGGUAACAACACUUCAUCAGACGUUUCUCUAAAACUUUCCACAGGAAAUGAAGAAGAAGAAGCAAACAUGAGAAACAACAGUGAGAGGGAGCAGCAACAGAACAUGAAUUGGUGGAGCAGUGGAGGAGGCAACAACCAUAACAUGGGCGGACCAUUGGCUGAAGCCUUGAGGUCAGCCUCGUCUACUACUUCAAGUGUUCUUCAUCAGAUGGGAAUCUCAACUCAAGUCUUUCAUUGA